AACGGUGUCCUCCAAGCCGAAUGGAGGCCAUUCCAGAAACGUCACCACCCCCUCUCCGUUCAACCUUUGGAGAACAUGUCGAUGGAGGUUUGGCCAGUGGGACACAACCAGGACGCAAUCACAUGAUUAUGGAUCAACAUAAUGUUGGGCCGUCUUCCCCACCUUUGCCGUUUGUUGCUACAUGUUCCGUUCAACCCGCCUUACAUAGUACUGUUGGAGGAACUGGAGACGGUGAUGUCCCCGCACCCCCGCAAGCACCACCAUUGACUGCUCUUUCAAAGAGCUUUCAAUCAACGAGCAAGGACAUUCAGUUUGGAGACCAGGUAGGGUUGGUGUUGAAUAGUCAGACAGUAAAUUUUAAUUAAACCGGUCCUAUACUAUAUGAUGGGCGUGGUAUAGUA